CACCGUUCCCUUCCCUUCCCUUCCACAACAAUAAACUCCUCUAACCAAAACAACGAAACCACCCCAUUCUCUCAUCUUCCUCUCUCCCCUCUCCACUGCAACCUUCUCCACAGAAACCCCCCGCAAUUCCCCAAAUCUCACCGGUUCCGCAGAGUUUCCCCAUUUUAGACAGAAACCCAGUUAAUUCCCAAAAUCCCAUUUUUAGCAGCAACAAUGGCGGAGGAGGAGGCGUCGGCGCCCACCAAUAGCGCCGCGGCGGCGACCAUAAGCAGCGAGAUCAUGGUGGCUGCGGUCAUCUUCCUCUUCAUUGUUGUCGCCUUCAUAUUCGUCCUCUACCUCUACGCCAAGCAGUACGUGGGCGCGAAUCCCGUGCUCGGCCGCUCCCGCUCCCGGCGCCGCUUCGUCUUCGCCACCGAGCUCGCGCCGCGCAGCGGCCUCCACCCGGACGUUCUUACGGCGCUCCCGGUCGCUGCUUAUCGCGCGGAGAACUACAAGGAGGGGCUGGAGUGCGCCGUGUGCCUCUCCGAGGUCUCGGAGGGUGAGCGGAUUCGUCUACUUCCUGAUUGCGACCACAGGUUUCAUGUCGAGUGCAUCGACAUGUGGUUCCACUCCCACUCUACAUGUCCCCUUUGUCGCACACUAGUCACCGCCCAACCUGAUCCCGCUGCCGGAUCAGCAGGAAUUCGGCGUCCACAAGACGUUAGUGGAAAUGGGUCUUCGAGGGAGUCGCCGGCUUUGCCUACAAAUGUGCUCUUCUGGGGGAUUCAGGGUGGGGUUAGUGCACAAGAAGGUGCGUCGAGUUCGUCGGGCUCUUCUUCUUCUUCUUCUUCUUCUUCUUCUUCUUCUACGAGAAAGGAAGAAGGGGUGCUCAUGAUAGAGAUUCCACGCCGAUGUUUUCCAGGAUUGCCAGCACCAAUCUCGCCUCCAGAGGAGAUAAAGUCCCCAUCUAUGGCGAGGUUGAGGUCGUUAAAGAGGCUUUUGAGCAGGGGAAAGCAGGCAACUGGUGCUUCCUGUAGUCCAAAAGGAGGUGAUAUUGUUUGAUUAAAGUAUUAUUUAGGUAAUUCUGCGGAAGUCCCAAACAAGCUAAACUGAAAUUUGAUUAGCUUCAUAAAUAGAAUUUGAGAAGGGGGAAUUUGAUUAAAGUAUUAAAGGAAUGGAGGUUUCUAGUUUGGAGAUGCAUGGGUUAAUUCCUAGCCUAUCAUCGGAUUACGUAAAUGUACAGGGAGAAGAACCAUCUAUAAGAGGUGAAAUUGUACAGA